AUGGAACCAGGGCCAAUAUGGAAAAGGGAUAUCAAUGUUUCCUGUUACAAUGACCCAAGUGACGUCUAUGUAACUAUAGAUGAUAACGCAGUAAACGAUUUUCAAGAUAAUAUACAUGUAACAGAGCCAGUAAAUACUGAUGAAAGCAGUAUACCGGUAUAUGACCAGUUAUUUUCAAACAACCAUAUUUUGGUGGCAGCGAUUGAUUUUGGAACGUCGUAUUCUGGAUACGCCUUUUCAUUUCGACACGACUAUCAACGAGAUCAGCUUAAGAUAUCAACCAAUCUGUGGGCACAUAACAGCGGGCUAUCACCAAAGGCUCCAUCAGCAGUUUUGAUUGGUCCAGAUCGUGAAGUUAAAGCAUUUGGAUAUGAAGCACACAGUAAAUACAACGAAUUAAUAGAGAGUGGUUAUGAGAUAAAUCAUCUUUAUUUUGAAAAGUUUAAGAUGAUUUUGUAUACUGUCGAGAAUCUCAACAACUUAACUGUAAUCCAGGAUAUAUGUGGAAAAGAAAUGCUUGCUAUUGAUGUGUUUGGCUUGGUCAUCGAAUAUCUUCGAAAUCACCUGCUUAGUCGACUGGAGAGCCAAGACUCUAAAUCAAUGCUCCAUGAAGAUAUGAUACAGUGGGUACUCACUGUACCUGCCAUCUGGGGCGAGAAGGCAAAACAAUUUAUGCGAUAUGCGGCUGCUAAGGGAGGCAUUCCAAACGAACAUUUAAUUCUCGCUUUAGAACCAGAGGUUGCGUCACUUUACUGUAGACAUUUUCCACUAAGUCUAACAAUUUAUGGAACAAGAAGUUGCACAGACUCAUUAGAAAAUGGAUCAAAAUAUCUGGUGUUGGAUAUUGGAGGUGGAACUGUUGAUGUGACAGCGCAUGAAAUACAAAGUGAUGGAACACUUAAAGAGUUGUACCAAGCCUCUGGGGGCUCGUGGGGUGGUACAACAGUAGAUAACGAAUUCAAGAAAUUACUUAUCACGAUAUUUGGUUCUGAAGUUAUUGCUGAAACAACUACUGACUACCCUAGCGAAAUGGUUGAUAUAAUGCUAGAUUUUGAAAUGAAAAAGAGAACGUUUGAACCGGGCAUUACUAAACACGUGAGUUUAAAAUGUCCCACGUGUCUAUUUUCUACUUAUCAAAAGAAAAACAAUGCCAGUAUUGAAGAAACAAUCGUUAACACCCCAAUCGGUGACAAAAUCAAAUUUUUGAGAGAUAAGCUUAUUAUAAAUUCAGAGAAGUUUGAAAGUUUGUUUGAUAAUACUGUUAACAAACUAGUAAUGCAUCUGAGAAAACUUCUUCAUUUAGAACAUUUGAUGGAUAUAACAACAAUCCUUCUUGUUGGUGGGUUUUCAGAUUCCAUUAUCAUCAAAAACAGUAUUUUGUCCAACUUUCCAAAUAUACGUAUCAUUAACCCUGAGGAUUGUUCUCUGGCAGUCCUAAAAGGUGCCGUUUUGUAUGGACACAAUCCAAAGGUAAUAAAAUCAAGAAUAUGCAAGUUUUCAUAUGGAAUCGGCAUUCAUGUCAAGUUUGAGGAAGGUGUUCAUCCAGAGGAAAGAAAACGUACAAUAAGUGGUAGUGAUAUUUGUGAUGACGUCUUCGAUGUUCACUUGAAUCUAGGAGAAAGAGUUGAAAUAAAUACACCAAGAUUAGAAAAAGUUUACCAUGCACAAAAUAAUCCUGCCAAUAUCGCAUACCUGGACGUAUAUGCUUCUACUUCUGAAUCGCCCAUGUUUGUGACAGAUGAAUCGUGCAAUAAAAUAGGAUACGUCAUCUUAGAACUCUCAGGAGAUAAGGAGACAAACGAAAGUACAGAGGAAACAGAAACGAACAUAGAGGGGACAGAAACUAGAAUAUUUGUCAGUUUUCAUUACAUUGGCUCCGAACUAGGAGUGGUUGUUAGGGAAGCAAAGACAGACAAAAUGUUAAGAGCAAAAUUUGAUUUCAUGGGAUAAAUAUUGCAAGUUUGGGCUUAAUAUGAAAAAAUGUCUUUGCGUGAUUGUUUUUAAUCUUUAAUAGCAUGCAGUACUGUAUUGAGGUAACUGUACUAUUAAGAGACUCUGGUUAUAUAAAGUGUUUUUACACGAACAUCUUUUUCCAUACUUGAAAACAAAAUCCUUUUUUUUAUUAUUCGAUUUAGUAAGGAA